AUGGCUACAUAUUCUUCCAUGAGAAUAGGGACUUGGUUACUCUUCUUUCUAGCUAUUUCCAUAACGGAUGCUUUCUACAUACCGGGUUGGUCAAUUAGAAGCUAUAAAGAUAACGAAGCAAUCCCUUUACUGGUCAAUAAAGUUUACUCCGACAACACACAAUUACAAUAUGCCUACUACGAUCUUCCUUUCGUCUGCCCUCCUACCGGUGUCCGACAUGCCGGAUCUUCUCUACUCAGUGGUCAAAGUAUAUCAUUAAAUCUCGGAGAAGUUCUUCGGGGAGAUCGGAUCACACAAUCGGAUAUUGAAUUGGUAAUGGGGAAAGAUCAAGAAUGUAAUUUCCUCUGUUCCAAGACCGUGAGUCGAAGAGAUCUCAAGCGCGCAAAGGAAUUGGUUAAGGAUGGAUAUGUCGUGGAAUGGAUUGUGGAUAAUUUACCCGGAGCAACGAGUUUUGUUACUGUGGAUAAGAGUAAGAAGUAUUAUGCUGCCGGUUUCAAAUUGGGAUACAAAGAUUUCUCUCCAACUGGCAAAUCGAGAUAUUUCAUCAACAACCAUCUUACCAUCGUUCUGCGAUAUCGAAAAGCUCCAGGAAAGGAUGGGCAAAGAGGCGGAAAAGUGAUCGUUGGUUUCGAAGUUUAUACCAAGAGUGUUGGAGCCGAUAAAAGAAUCGAAUCUGGAUGUCCAGCCGAUUUGAAUGAUGUCGAUACCCCUUUUGAAUUAUAUCUCACUCCGAACCAUACCGAUUCUUCAUCUGCCCUCGCAUAUCCACAUUCGUCAUACCAUCCACCGGAAAGAGAAACAGAUUUGGAUGAUGGAGCUACAAUGGAAAUUCCAUACACAUAUUCUGUUUAUUUCAGGGAAGAUGAAAAGGUGGAAUGGAGAAACCGGUGGGAUCUAUACUUCGUUAACCAAGAGGAGGGUUCAAGAAUUCAUUGGUUGGCUAUCGUCAAUUCUUUAAUCAUUUCCGGACUUCUUAGUGGUAUCGUUGCUAUGAUCUUAGCUAGAACGGUUCGAGGAGAUAUCAAAGCAUACAGCAAGGAUGUUUCAGGAGAAGAUGGAAAAGCGAAACAAAAAAGGAGAUCUAGACCUGGUAGUGGAACAAGAUCACCCAAAACUGGAGAGAAAAUUGGACUCGGUUUAUUGGAUCAAGUUGAUACUGAGAAUGAUGCCGAUAUUUCUUCUGAUGACGAACAAUUGGAAGAUAUUACGGGAUGGAAAUUACUUCAUGGAGAUGUUUUCCGUCCACCUCCUUAUGGAUAUAUCCUAGCUCCUUUGGUUGGAUCCGGGAUGCAACUCGUCUUCAUGGCGUUCGGUCUACUUUCUCUUAGUAGUUUGGGCAUCCUAAACCCUAGUUUCCGAGGCGGCUUUAUCAGUGUCGGAAUUGGCCUUUUCAUCUUCGCAGGAGUUUUCUCUGGUUACUUUAGCGCACGUGUCUAUAAAACAUUUGGAGGUCUCAAUUGGCGCAAGAAUACUCUAAUUACAGCCACGCUCUUUCCCGGUCUUCUCUUCUCCUUAAUCUUCAUCCUCAAUCUUUUCGUCUGGGCUCAAGCAUCCAGUACCGCCCUCCCAUUCGGUACUCUCAUCGCCCUCGUAUUUCUCUGGCUCUGCAUUCAACUCCCUCUCGUCUAUGCCGGUUCAUACUAUGGUUACACCCGUUCAGGUGCCUGGGAAUCUCCUACCAAAACCUCCAUUAUCCCACGUCAAGUCCCAGUCCAACCAUGGUACAUCCGUUCAACCUCAUCCAUCCUUCUAGCGGGCCUCAUACCUUUUGCAGUAAUCUUCAUCGAACUUCUCUUCGUCUUCCAAUCCCUCUGGCAAGAUAAGAGCGGAUAUUACUACGUCUUUGGUUUUCUCUCCCUCAUAACCCUUCUCCUCAUCAUCACAAUCGCAGAAGUCACAAUCGUAACCAUCUACAUUAAACUAUGCGCCGAAGAUUAUAAUUGGUGGUGGCAUUCCUUUCUAGUAGGAGGAGGAUCUGCAGUUUGGGUCAUGAUGUAUUGCGUGUGGUUUUAUAUGCGAAGAUUACAUAUUGAGGGGUUUGUGAGUGGAGUGUUGUUUUUUAGUUAUUGUGGGGUUGUAGCUGUGACUUAUGGGUUAGCGACGGGAACGGUGGGAUUUUUGACUUGUUUUUGGUUUGUUAGGAGGGUUUAUGGAUACAACUAUUAUCAUCUCAUUACUUGGGCGUUUGGUUUAUCAACUUGGGAUGGCAUGAGUUUGGAAGCGAAAGAAUAG